CGGAAAUUUUUCGAAAGUGCAGAGAGAAGUUUUCGAAAGUUUGCAGAGUCUUCAUCUGCACACUUCACAGUCUCUCGCCGACGAGACCAAACGACGUGCUAUCUGUUGGCCGCCAUCACUCAACCUUCAUUCAGGUUGGAAGGAGUUGCUGGUUGGCAUGGAGCCGAGAGGAGAAAGAGAGGAGCAAUUCUGCGUUGUCGUGUAGUAUCUCGACGGGUUUGUAGUUUAGUCGUGGGGAACGGAGGAAGACGACGCGCAAGGGGGAAAGGAACUCACCCAUCUCCCGGGGGGAACGCCAUAGCCGACCUCACCUAUCAAGAGCUCUCACGUCUCCACGUGGCGUUCUGGCAAUUGGUUGGUGAUCCGUGUAUAGUGUGGUUGGCGACGGAAGAGGAAGAGUGGCAGGGGGUGCACGAGAGAAGCAGAGAGACGUGUAUAGGCUGGUCUGAUGGUGGCGGCUAUGGCUGUCGCAGGAGCGGCGUGCCCGCCAUCGCUCCACCUUGUACGAUGCAGCGGGGGGGUAUCUUCGUGCUCUACUUCUUCGUCUUCUUCAUCAUCUUCGACGUCGUCGUCUUCAUUGCCCUCCCUUCCCUCCUCCCCCUCCUCCCCCUCCGCGUCCUUAGAAAUACUGCGUAUCAAGAAACCGAGGCUGCUGAGCUCAGCGGCUGGCUAUGGCAGCUGCGCGUCUGGGAGAUCGGUGCCCGCCGCCUCGUCGCCAUCGCCGUCUUCGUCAGGUUCUUCCUUGUUCGGCCAGAAGGUCAAGGGAAGCUUAGCCAUGUCAGGAGGUGGUAAUCAGGCCGGAAAUUUCAAGAGGUGCACCCACCAAUCCCCUCUCCCGGUGCCAGAGAGCGGUCGCAGUCCGUGGGAGACGACGUCACAUGAAAGAACGAGGACGGAGACAAGGACAACUGUCGAUGGCGGAACGGUGAUGAGGAAGACGACAACGUCGAUAACGAGAUGUGGGGUAGGAGGGAGGUCCAGAGGGGGGAGCGGAGAACGAGAGAGAGCAGUAGCAGCAGCAACAGCAGGAGGAGGAGGGGGAGGAGGAGGAAGAGGAGUGCUGGUGGGCGUGUUCAGCCAGAGCAAAUCGGCAGCAUCCAUAGCCUGCUCCAGCUCGAGCUCCAGGUCGUCAGAGUCGGCAUCGACAUCGACAUCGACGACGACGACGACGGCCAUCGCUGGGGGAGGAGAAGGUGGGAGGAGUCGCCGGUCGGGGGACCACUCAGGAGCAGAACCGACGCUUCCGACCGGUCGUAGCAGCAGCAGAUCUAGUAGGAAAGGCAAGACGGCGCCCGCAGUCACAGCCUCGGUCGUUGAACCCAGACAGGACCUUGUGGUCCUGAAGAACAACCUGGUGGCAGACGGUCACCAACAGGCUAAUCCAGGAAUAGAUCUGCCAUUCCGUCUAGGUGCAGCCGACGCUCUGGAGAUAGCUUACCGAGACGACCCCGCCUUUUCUCUUCAGCAAGCCUACGCACGAUCAUACAUUAUCCCCGACGUCGCGCCUCCUACCAUUGACCACCUCACGGACGGUAUAGACCUGCCGUUUCCUUCACAUCUGACGGCCCAUCGUAAUCAACGCUGUGCCGAAAAACGCAACGACCUCAUCUUCCACCCAUCACCAACCUCAUCACCUUCCUGCCCUCCUCCUCCUCCUCCUCCUCCUCCUUCAUCUUCUUACCCUUCUUCUUCUUCUUCUUCCUCUUCUUCUUGUCAAUCGGGUGACCCGUCGUUAACAGACGUACGAUCGUCAUCAACAUCGGUAUCGCUAUCGCCAUCGCCGUCGAGAUCGAGGAGAGGGCGAAAGUCCGUGGUACAGCUGCUUGGUGUUGGGGAGGGGACGGACGGUUUGACAGUGAGACAAAAAAAGCUGGAAGAGGAGGAGGAGGAGGAGGAGGAGGGGGGGGAGGAGAAGGAGGAGGUGAAGAUGGAAAAGAAGCGGGCAGCGAGUACGAGAAGGAAAAGUAUAGGGAGCUCUGUUCAAAAGGUGAAAGGAAAACGAUUGAAGGGUAAGGACGAAGGGAAAAAGGGAGGAGGAGGAGGUGGAGCAGGAGGAGGAGGAGGAGGAGGAGAAGGAGAACGAGAAGGAGCAGAGAUGAAGAAGGAAUCGGCACCCGUGAGCGAGAUGAGAACAGGAGGCAACCAGAAGACAGGUAAUGGGCGGAAGAAGAAGUCGGGCGGUGAAGGAGAAGAGGAGAGAGAGGGAGAGGGAGAGGGAAAGAAAAAGGGAAAGAGCAUGGAGAGGAGAGAGGUGGAGGGGGAGGUGAUUGUCGUUCGAAGCAAAGGAAGACGACGGCCUUGCUUGUCCUCUCGUGUGGCGCUGCGCAAACUUCUAAGAGAAAGAGGCACCGAUAAAAGACCCCUCAUUGGUGUCUAUCAGGGGCCCGAAGGGGUGCUAAAGCUCUCGGAAUUUGGCGGGAAGACCGCGGAACGGAUAAGGGCGAGCAAACUACUACACGACAAAGACGUCGGGCUGAGCUCUGUUGAUUGGAACGGCCCGGGACAUCCCCUUUUGACUGCGGAGGAAGAGAUAAAACUUUGUCGUCUUGUGAAACAAAUGAAGCCUUUGCGGAUCUUGAGGAGAGACCUUCAGGCGCAGCUGGGAUCUGAGCCCACAGAGCAACAGGUGGCCGAUGCGGCAGGCAUGGACAUCAUGGAGCUGCGAAGAACUGAGCAGGCUGAUUCAGUGAAUGUGGAGGCCCAAGUGAUGAAAAGGCUCAUGCUCAAGUCUGACGUAAGGGAUAUGCUAGAUGCGUUGCAUCCGAAGGAGAGAGUGGUGCUGAGGCAACGCUUUGGGCUGGACGGACUAGGAGACAGGUCGUUGCAAGACAUAGGGAGCUAUUUGAAUUUGUCGAGGGAGAUGGUGCGAAAGUACGAAGGGAGGGCAAUGUUGAAGAUGAAGAAUGCCAGCCGCAUGGAUCAGCUUCGUCAGUACCUUGUUGGACCUGGCACAGAAAGCUGAAUCAGAUCUGCUUCUUCUCACUUUAAGUUAUCAGUCAGUGUUAUCACAUUCCCAGUGAAGCCAUCUUUGCACGUCCUCAACAACCUUUCCUCCCUCCCCUUCCUCCCUCCUGCUGGUACUGCUAACCCCUCCAACUAACUCCGGUCGGUUAACCGGAUGCGUUGCUUGGCGCCAUUGCUUCACUUGCUGCAUGAAACUGAUGAAACUGUGCAUUUACUUAUACAUGCCAAAUCUGCCACAUCCGCUACAUAUGGCAAAGAGUUUGCAGAGUGGGCAAAGCUUUCAUGAUCCUGCUAACCCAUCGAACUAACCCCUGCCAUGUGCCAUGGUUGGACACCACUUCACCCGCCUGAUGAGUUGCUUGAACCCUUUCCGGGCCUUUCGGGCCUUUUGUAACUGUGAAUCCAAAGGCCUUAAGUUAGCCACCGGUAGUCAGUCAAGAGUCGACCCCAUACCGCACCGUACAUUUUUGGUCGCAUCCACCACGGGAUCCAAGGGAGGUUUGGUCCUUACAGGCUGUGUCGAGUAAACCCCCCCCCUGCUUAGCUUAAGCAGGUAGCUAGACACCUUCCAUUACCUUCCCUUCCCUUCCCUACUGAGGCUACUGGCGAAGCAGCCAGUGCUUUCCUGUUUUGCCAGCCAGGUCCUUUUCGAGUUAGGCUGUUGGGACUAUAAGGGCCCCCUAACUGACUUCCAGCUUGGAACUGAUCAAACCCAAACCUUACAGUCUUACAGAUGAUGCCACAGAUGGCACAGAGUUUGCAGAGUGGCAAAGGGGUCACAUGAUACUGCAGCAUAACUGCUAACCCAUCCACUGGCAGUGAACCCGGGUUAGACGAACCGUUGGAUAACAGUGAAGUGGAUGGAUCGCUUGGGGAGCAAUGCUUGCUGCAUGAAACUCAGUCUGAUGAAACUAGGGCAACUUUAUGUUUACAACUUUACAGACAGAUGCCACAGAUGAUGGCGGGGCAGAGUUGGCAAAGUAAGUGACAUACGAACUGGAUGCACGAGUUGGUGGCAUAGCGUUCAUGACACUAUCGUCUUCACGCAAAUAGAAUGGCAUUGCCCGGUCAUUAUAGCUGUAUUGUACUUGGGCCAACUUUACGUCUAGAGACAGACAAGGAUAAUGACCGGGCGUUCUAUGGGGUUGAAGACGGGAGUUUGUAAGUUGUCAGACAGUAAGUACCAAAGCACCAUGAUCACCAGGGAUCGGACGGUCUCCCUUUGUACAAGGUGGUCCCAGAUGGUCCCAGAUGGUCCCAGAUCUUUGUACAAGGUGGUCCCAGAUGGUCCCAGAUGGUCCCAGAUGGUCCCAGAUGGCAAAUAGUUCCUGGAGUGGUCCCAGAUGAACCCCCAGGUGGUCGAAGGGUGGUCCCAGAUGGUCCCAGAUGGUCCCAGGUUUGCAAAUACUGCACAGGUAGCUGCAGGUGGUCCCAGGUCACAAAUAGUUCCCAGGUGGUCGUAGGGAGGUCCCAGGUAGUCCUAGGCACCAAAUUGUUCCCAGGGUGGUCCCAUAUGGUGCCAGGCAGGAUGAUCCCAGGUGGCCCCGGGCCAUCCUAGGAUUGCCCCACAUGGUCCCAGGCAGUGCAGGGCUUCCUAAUCUGUUGGAGGCCUACAACUACAAAUGCUCACUCAGCUGCCGGGCUUAUCCUAUGCAAACUCAUGGUUUAACAAAUUAACACUAAUAAUAAUACGGACUGUUGCACAUCACCCCCUGGUGGUAUAUAGGAGGGCAGAUAGGCUGGCAGUGGGCAGGGUUGUCACACACUGUCAGGUCAGUUGCAGGACUGUGCGACAGGUCUGUCACACAGGUCCUUGAGGGGUCAGGUCUUGCCGCAUAGGUCAUGCGGAUUGCCCGACAUACUCACAGCCUGAGAGUUCUGCUGAUUACCGACAACGGGGACAAGGUCCUGAGUUUCCCAACAACUGGAUUGGUUGAUUGCUGAUCGAUCCCGAGCCCAGCUGCAAGC